CAGAAAGGAUUUGCCCUGUUGUUUAUUGCUGAGGCAGAAGGGAGGCAGCAAGAAGAUUUGGGAUAUUGUACCUUUUCUUACCUUGGUCUCUGAAACGUAACAGUGAAAAAAACAAACAUGUGUUCGCCUAGAAAGAAAAUGUCGAAAUCAUUGAAAAAAAUAGUGGAAGAAUGCAAGGAAAAGAAUCAGACAGAAUUGGAUUUCAGUGACAGAGGAAUCUCUAAUAUGCUGGACAUUUCAGGACUGUUCACUCUCUCUAACAUCACCCAGCUGGUGUUAAGUCACAACAAGUUAACAAGUGUUCCAGCAAAUAUCGCUGACCUGAGGAAUCUGGAAGUACUGAAUGUUUUCAACAAUCAGAUUGAAGAUCUUCCAACGCAGAUAAGUAGCCUACAGAAACUGAAGCAUCUUAACCUUGGCAUGAACAGGUUGAACUCUCUGCCACGAGGAUUCGGGUCUUUGCCAGCCCUGGAAGUGCUUGAUUUGACAUACAACAACCUGAGUGAAAAUUCUCUACCUGGCAACUUCUUCUACCUCACCACCUUGCGUGCACUCUAUCUAAGUGACAACGAUUUUGAAAUCCUGCCGCCAGAAAUUGCGAAGCUCACAAAGCUGCAGAUCAUCAGCCUAAGGGACAAUGACCUCAUAUCGCUCCCAAAGGAGAUUGGGGACUUGUCUCAGUUGAAGGAGCUCCAUAUCCAAGGAAAUCGACUCACUGUGCUUCCCCCUGAAAUGGGUAAUUUAGAUCUUACUGGUCCAAAACAAGUCUUCAAAGCAGAAAACAAUCCUUGGGUUACACCAAUUGCUGACCAAUUCCAACUAGGUGUAUCCCAUGUCUUUGAAUAUAUUCGUUCUGAAACCUACAAAUAAUACUAUAGGCUGCACACGUUUAGGAUGGUGAUUCUUGGUGACGUGGACUGGCUUAAUGAAAUCUUGCCUCUCGAGGACAAUCAGCAAUGGUGCUGUACUUUUAAGGUGAUUGGCAUCCUAGAGGACCAGUCAGAAAAUAACAGGAAGUGACACCAGUAAGAUGACCUUCUCCCUUGAGAAACCAAUCAGAAAUUGGGCAUUUAUCACUAGUCAACCCAAGACCGAUUAACUGUUGUAUGUUUACUGACAAUCUCGGCAGAGUUUAAGAAUGCCACUAACCAUGCACAGGGGAGGUGCCUGGAAAGGAUUAACAAGCAAGGAACUCUCAGUAGCCAGGCACAUUGUAAGAAGAAAAGACAGAAGAAGAACAUCAUUAAACAGAACAAAACAACAAAAGACAAGCGAGCCAGAAUUUGUAACCUGAUAUUCCAGAGAGCUUUAACUGAAUCCCCUGCCUAUGUUCUUUUGUACUUAUAUGAUCAAAUUAAUAAAUUAUGUGAAACUUGUAACAACAUACUUGUACUUGAAUAAUGUUAUAGCUAGGCAGGAAUGUAAGACAUCUUAUGAGAUAUUUUCAAUCAACCAAAAUCUCUCAUCAAUAUUUACAAUCUUCUCAGAUAAUUCACUGUCAGCUAGCUGUUAGCUAUGGCUUAAUUUAGGUCAUUCUUUUGUCUAGGUUAGUGGUCAGUCCCAUUCCUAGAUAUUAUUACAUACCUUUGGAGCAAGUGGGUCUUGAGCCCGCGUCUCCUGGCUGAGGUAAGCACAAUAUCACUGUGUAUAAGUGGUCCUAAACUUUUUGUAACUGUCUGUUAUUGAAAUUGAAUUAAAACUUGCAAUUAAACUUAAA